AUUUCAAUCGACAUCGAUAAUAUUUUCGACGGCGUUCUGGAAAUGAUUCCGCUUGUUGACGUUUUUAUGUCGUCUGCAGAAUUUCCCGAAAAAUUAUUGGGAAUCAGCGACCAUAAAGAAGGAUUGAAGGAAAUAAAACGGCGUUUCGGAUGUCCGAUCGUCGGAAUGACUCUGGGCGAAAACGGUUCGCUGGUUUUGUUUGAAGAUCAGUUUAUUGAAACAAGAGGUUUUGCAGUUCCGGGCGGAUGUAAAGACACGACCGGCGCGGGCGAUGCCUUCCGUGUCGGGCUUUUAUACGGAAUUUUACAAGGUGAAUCUAUCGAAGAAACGAUGCGGACGGCAAACGCCGUUGCCGCCUUAAAAUGCCGCGCAGUCGGUGCAAGAACUUCCCUGCCUUCUGAAGAUGAAUUGAAAGAUUUAUUAAGUCGGAAAUAG